AUGAGACAUAAGAAUCAUACAAGGAAGUUUGGUAGAGAUCACAAGCACAGAAAAGCUAUGAUGAGAAAUCUCAUUACUAGCUUGGUGACUCAUGAUAGAAUCACUACAACUUUGGCAAAGGCUAAGGAAUUAAGACCUUUAGCAGAGAAAAUAAUUAGAAAGGCCAAGGAAUAAGGUUAUCAAGGCAAUGUAUUUUUGAAGCAAACCCUGUUCACUAAAAAAUCAAUUGAAAGAGCAAAGACUGAACUAGCCCCCAGAUUCUAAGACUUGGCAGCAGGUUUCACUAGAGUUAAGUACCUAGGAAGAAGAACUAAUGACAAAGCCAAAUUUGGCUAUAUUGAAUUUAUAAAGAAUCCUAUUGAGCAAUACGAGAAAAAUGAAAUUAAGCAAGAAAUCGAGAAGAAUGGCAUUCAAUCAUUCUGGGCUUGGGAAAAGAAGAUCCUCAAGCAAGAAAAGGGGUAUUUCAAGUAGCAAAUCACUUAAUUGAAGCAAAAGAUUGAUUUGGAAGUAGAGAGCGUGCUCUAAACUUCUGCAGGUAACAAUUAAUCUGAGAUGGAGAGCUUUAACGCUCAAAUUAGAGCUGAUGUCGAGAAGAAGUACGCUUAAAAGAGAAAGUUCUUGGAAGUAUCUCUUGAAAGAGUAAUAAAAGAACAAGCGAUGCAUAGAACUCAAGAGAAUCAUAAAACUUACUAAAAAUUAACUGAGGGCUAUGCGUUCCCAAUCGACGAAUUCAGAAUAAAAUAAUUCUAAAGUUUAUGA